UGGAUCUAACAUAAUUUUAAGGUGUCAACUCUUACUAGAAUUUCUACCGGUGAUUUGUUCGUUCUUACACGGUCUACUUCGGUUAAUAUUAGUAAUUAUUUUUUAUUGAUACAAUUUUUCAUCAAGAUGGUCGUAAGGCAGUAUAACGAGGAGCUGAAAUAUUUGGAGAAGAUCAACCCAUAUUGUUGGAAAAUUAAAAUGGGAUUCCAACCUAAUAUGAAUGUCGAAGGAGUAUUUUAUGUGAAUAAUACACUUGAACUAAUGUUAGAUGAACUGCGAAAUGCGUGCAGGCCUGGCAUGACCGGAGGGUUUCUUCCUGGCGUGAAACAGAUCGCAAAUGUUGCAGCCUUGCCGGGCAUCGUUGGCCGGUCAGUGGGCUUACACGUUCAUUCGGGCUAUGGAUUUGCUAUAGGAAACAUGGCUGCUUUUGACAUGUCAGGAUUUGAUAUUAAUUGCGGUGUACGUCUACUAAGAACCAAUUUGCAUGAAAAAGAUGUUCAACCAAUAAAGGAACAAUUAGCGCAGAGUUUAUUUGAUCACAUACCUGUUGGUGUGGGUUCUAAAGGUAUAAUUCCUAUGAAUGCACGUGACAUGGAAGAAGCUUUAGAAAUGGGCAUGGAUUGGUCUCUGCGUGAAGGCUACGUGUGGGCUGAGGAUAAAGAGCAUUGUGAAGAAUAUGGGAGGAUGUUAAAUGCUGACCCAUCCAAAGUUAGUUUAAGAGCCAAAAAAAGAGGAUUGCCACAGCUAGGUACGCUGGGAGCUGGCAACCAUUAUGCAGAAAUACAAGUUGUUGAUGAAAUAUAUGACAAAUAUGCUGCAGGAAAAAUGGGUUUAGAGAGGACUGGUCAAGUUUGUGUGAUGAUUCAUUCUGGCAGUCGAGGGUUUGGUCAUCAAGUUGCUACUGAUGCUCUUGUACAAAUGGAAAAAGCCAUGAAAAGAGACAAAAUUGAAACCAAUGACAGACAACUGGCUUGUGCGCGAAUUCAUUCUGUUGAAGGUCAAGACUACUUGAAGGCUAUGGCGGCGGCGGCUAACUUCGCAUGGGUUAACCGUAGUUCCAUGACCUUCUUGACUCGCCAAGCAUUUGCCAAACAGUUUAAAAUGGCUCCUGAUGACUUGGACAUGCAUGUCAUUUAUGAUGUCUCCCACAAUAUAGCCAAGGUUGAAGAGCACAUUGUUGAUGGAAAAGUAAAAACUUUGCUUGUGCACAGAAAGGGUUCUACAAGAGCAUUCCCGCCGCACCACCCAUUAAUUCCCGUUGACUAUCAGCUUACUGGACAACCUGUGCUGAUUGGUGGUACUAUGGGAACUUGCAGCUACGUGCUUACCGGCACACACCAAGGCAUGACUGAGACCUUCGGAAGUACUUGCCAUGGAGCUGGCCGAGCUUUAUCGCGUGCGAAAUCUAGAAGAAAUAUAGACUACAUGGACGUGCUCUCGAAGUUGGAGUCCAUGGGUAUCUCUAUUAGAGUUGCUUCACCUAAACUAGUGAUGGAAGAAGCUCCAGAAUCGUACAAAAACGUAACAGAUGUUGUUAAUACAUGUCAUUCUGCAGGAAUAAGCAAGAAAACUGUUAAAUUAAGGCCUAUUGCCGUCAUCAAAGGGUAACAUUAUGUAUAUGACAAAAUAUUUAUUUACUUAAUGUAACUGUAAGUAAAAACAAACGACUAUAACUUGUGUAUGAAAUAACUAAAAAGAAAUUGUUUAAUUAAACUCGUAUGUAAUAAGAGGUUAAAUAAAACCAAAUAUUAUUUUACACAUUUUGAUUAACAACAGGUAAUUAACAAUUUCACUACAAAUAAAUUAAUACGUUUUUUUAAACAAACUAGCUUUGGCGCUCAAAUGUUAUACUGCAUACUAUAUUAUGCAUUUGAGACUACAAUAUGCUAAAUGGCUUUUAAUUUGUCGGCUAUAAUCAGAAGAAACGCUGUACCAAGGAAAAAUAGUCCCGGCGGCAACACGGUCGUUGUUUUGUCCUCCUCAUCUGUGAAAUGUAAAAGAUGAUUAAAUUAUAAGUUUUAUAACUAUGUAAUAAAA